CCUUUUGACUUCGGCAAUUUUAGAAAAAAGGGAAACAAACAGCAGAGAGAAGACCAGAGAGAAAAAAAGGUUUUUAGGGUUUAAUAAAUCCUCCUCUUUUUAAUCAUCUCCAAUCUCACCAAAAUUCUUCACAGCUUAACAAAACCCUAGGCAUGGUUACGGCUGCUUCCGCCCUAGAAAUCAAAGUUGAACAAAACAACGAAAAAUCCUCACUUUCUGAAUCGACCCCUUCCACGUCAAAUGCUGAAAUUAAAGAAAUUUCAGAUCAAGCCUCGGAACAUUCAGAUCAUACAGAAAAAGUAGAAGAAAAAAGUGAAGGAGUAGAAGGAGAAGAGGGGGAAUGUGGGUUUUGUUUGUUUAUGAAAGGAGGUGGAUGUAAAGAUAGUUUUACUGCUUGGGAAGUAUGUGUUGAAGAAGGAGAAAGGAAUAAAGAAGAUAUUGUUGAGAAAUGUUCUGAGAUUACUUCAUUACUUAAGAAAUGUAUGGAUGAACAUGCUGAUUACUAUGCACCAAUACUGAGAGCAGAAAAGGCAAUGGAAGAAGAAGUAAACAACCAAUUGGACCAAGAAAAGGCGGAGGAGACUCAAUUGGAGCGAAAGGCAGAACUGGAACAGGAAAAGGAGAAACAACAAGAAAAUUAGAGGUUUUCCCCCCAAUUUUGGUUUUAUUUAUUUAUUUUUUAGUUUCAGUCCAUUGAUUUUGUUAAAAUUUUAUGGAUGAGGAAAUUAAUAGGAUUUGGGUUUUUCUAUUGGAAAUAUGGGAUGUUUAGCAAUAAUUAAGAGAUCCCUCUGAGCUGUUUAACUAUGUUAUCGGAAAUUUUGUUUAUUGUUGGUA